UAACAGCACAUGUUUGACAAUCACUCUCUGUAACGAGUUCUUUGCUGUAACCGUCGUGGCGUUGGUUUCGUUGUUAUUUCCACCGUGUACUUUGUGGGAUUGUCAAUCGAAUUUUCAUGGUCAUGGCUGAAAAGAGGAAAAACAAGAAGAAAAAGGAGACUGAUCUUAAAGAUCUAGAUAAAAAGCCAAGCAAAGAGGAAUAUGCUGUGGCAAGGUACCUCAAGCAAAAACUGCCUGAAAAGAAGACAACUCUGUUGGGCCAUAAAGUAGAAUAUUUCAUAGCCUCGAGAGCAGUCGAUUGUCUUCUAGAAUCUCCUUGGGCAAAAGAAAAGAAGAAAGGUGAACUUCAUUUUCCAAAUCGUGUUGCUGCUGUCGAUUUUAUGGCUGUGUUACUUGAACAUAAGUUUUUCCACCGUGCCAAAAAGAUAGUAGUAUUGAAAGAAACAAAGAAAAAGAAAAAAGAUACAGAAGAAGCGGCUCAAGAAUCUGGAAAAGAAAAAGAUUCUAAAAAGACCAAAGGAAAAUCAGAUGAGAAAGAAGGGAAAGAAAAAGAAGAAAAGGAUGCCAAAAAAGAUGGAAGUGAAACCAUUGAAAAGAAGAAGGAGAAGAAAAAAAUAAAAUUAGAUAUGCAUCUGGAGCAAAUUUUUGUUGAUAGCAAUGAGCCUUAUGUGUGGAUAUAUGAUCCCAUACCUCUACGUACAUGGAUUACAGGAACACUAAUGGUUAUAGCAGCUGUGCUGAUAUGCCUCUUCCCCCUAUGGCCACAGACAAUUAGGCAUUAUAUUUAUUAUCUAAGUGUUGCAGCUGCAUUUUUGCUUGUUUUCAUCAUAGGCUUAGCUGUGUUUCGACUUAUUGUCUUCGUUCUGAUAUGGAUAUUAACUUUUGGAAAACACAAUUUGUGGCUGUUACCAAACCUUACAGAAGAUGUCGGAUUUUUUGAAUCGUUUUGGCCUUUAUAUAAGUAUGAAUACAAAGGAAGCAAAGAUAAAGAUAAGAAGGAAAACUCGAAAGACAAGAAACACAGCAAUAAUGAUACAGUGAGUACUAGUGUGGAGGAAUCUCAGAAAGAACAGGAAAAGUCUGAUGCAUCGAGCUCUGAUCAAGACAGGAAGAAUGACCAGAACCACUCUGAAUCCGAGCAGGAAGAAAACGGGGGUGACAGACAGAAAGGCGAGAACGAUUUCGAGUUUGUGGAGGUCGACGAAGUCAGCGAAAAUAAAACAGAUGAUGAGAAGACGGACGAGGAUCGUAAGACUAAGUGAGGCUGGCCGAUGCUUAGGGAAUCCUAUAAAUGGCAUUUAUUUGUGUUGACAUUCGGAGGCAGUUGAUAUAAGAGAAGAUUUAAAAUAAUUUAUUACUAUUUUUAUAUAAGAAAGCUUUAAAUAUGUUAGAACUAUGCAUAUGUUUUUGAAUGGGAUGUAAAAAUUUCAGUGUAAAAUAUAUAACCUUUUGUGUUUUU